AAACGAGCUCCAACACGAGCUUCUUGGUGACAAACAGAAAGUUGUAUCAAGUUUGUCGGCAAACUAGAAUGCAAAAUGUAUGCAGCACACGCAGAACAAAAGCGAAAAGAAUCGUCACAAAUAGUCCUAGAAGACUGUAUGUCAAUUCUACAGUCUGCAAAGUCCGAUAAUGAUAAGUUUAUGGCUGUAGUGGAGAUUGCAGAGUGUGUACAUUCAAAUUCCUUCACUGAUGCAGAUCGUGUGAAGAUUCUACAAGCUAUGGGAUGUGAUUUCCUUGCAAGACUCAUCAGGACAACCUCAGUUCCCUCAGGAUGUCCCGGAGAUUUGUACAAAUCAAUGGCCCUCAGUGUUUUGUCUGUCGUGUCUGUGGAGCCCAGUAUGGCAGUUCUUCCGGAAAUGAAAGAGAUCCUUCCAGAAGUGAAUGGUGUCAUCUCUUCUUCUAUGAAUGAGAGGAAAUCUGAUGACAAGAGCCGAGACUCCCUACAAAUACAGAUGUGUGAGGAUUGCAUCGACUUCAUCUCCCACUUCGCUCAGCACGAGAAAGGCAUCGACCUCCUUACACAGGGAGGCACAGUUCCUCUGUUGUUGGACUUAGUGGAGUCCCCCGUUUGUCAGAAAAAAGUCUCUGUUCUGUCCAGCUUAAGUUCUGUAGUCAAAAGCCGAGGAGACGGUGUGUUCUUGGGCAAGUCAGAAAAGUUCCACAGCAUCAUGUCUCUCGCCGUGGACAGCCUGGUUCAGACCAAUGACCUGCGAGAAAAGUCCAGUUAUGCCAAGAUUAUCACUUCUCUGCUCAGCGGCAUGAGCUUGAUGGAGGCAGAUGAGUCAGUGGCUUGGGUUGUCAAGAUAACGCAGUGUGUGAAGAAACUGAUGGUCUUGAAACUCAAUCCGGAACAGAGCGAAAUCCUCCUCCUCCUGGCCUGUGCGCUCGUCAGUGCGGUUGGCGCCGGUGUGCUCCGAGCAGACGUGACCGGAGACUCGACCUUGCUGCGGACUGUGGUGGCCCGGCUGUCGGUGGAAACGUACAUGUUGUUGGACGGGAUCAGCCUGGAGAAUGCGAUGGAGCGUUACCCUACCAUGGACAAAGUGUACAAGCUGAUCUGCGACGUGGUGCAGUUUGUGGCGGAGAAUGAUGAGGACAGUGCUGACACAGACUCCAUCAUCGCUGUGUACAGGAAGCUGGUGGACAUCAGCCAGACGCUGAUGGAGUUUUUGUUCAGCGUGGCCAAUCAGGAGGUGGAACUGCCGAGGAAUCAUGUGGUGGUUCUUCUGUCAGUGAGGACUCUGGCGGCCAUGUUGACAGAGAUCACCGAGGAUCCCACACCACAGCUGCUGGAGUUGCUGCCCUUCUUCAACCUUCUCUGUCAAAAUGUGGACUAUUCUGACGAUGUGAAGAUGGAAGUGAAGAAUGCAACACAAGCUGCUUUAGCCAACAUCAAGAUGAUGGGAAUGAAUGUCAUCAAUGAAGUGUUGGAGGAGGUGGAGGAGGAAGAAGAGGAAGAGAGAGAUGGAGGGAAGGAGGAGGCGGAAAAGACCCGAGCAGAGGCCAUGGUGUCUUCAGGGGAGAAAAAGUCUUCAUCAAGAACUGCCUCAGAAAAAAAAUCUAAGUGUGAGAAUAGUGGUGACGCCUCGCAUUCUGGUGGGAGUGCCUUUGAUUCACUUGAUGUGAAGGAUGGUUUUAAGCAGCUGAGCCUCUCUCACAGCUCAGAAAAGCAAGAAAAUUCGGAGUCUGUAAAUGUGAAGCCUACAACAGACCAUUCUCAUCACUUAUUGAAUGGAGAUGUGGAGUGCGAUGUAAACGAUGAUCCUGGUCAUAAUAGCGGUGAUGGGUCACAAAAAGAAACGAGUGGUCAAAGAAAAAAGAAGCGAUCGCAACAGGUCGUAAAUGUCGAACUCGAUGCUGAAUGUCUUGAAAAGUUCAAUGUUUAUCGAGAGACUCUGAGGGCAGCGAAAUUAAAACCCGCUCUGCUUAACCAAAGACAGCUGUCGUUUAUCGGUAAAGCCAAAAAGAAACGAGGCUCUGAGGAAAAUUCUGAGGUGUCUCCACAUUGGCACCCGAAUGCUGAUGACGUCCUAGGCUUUCUGUUGCCAACCUACGCAUUCCUGUUGGAGCACGAGGAGGUGCUGCAGAUCAUGGUCAAGUGCGACGCUUUCCAGACAGUUGUGAAUUUCAUCGAGAAGUCGCUAUCGCAAUUUCUGGAAAGCAAAAGUACAGUCUUUCCCGAGAGCACAACACGUAACGCGCUGGGUGUGUUGGAGCAAGUCUACAGCAACGCACCAGCCACGGCUGCCAGGCUUGACUGCUUUCAGAAUCUGUUUGAGAUUUCUGUCUUGUCAGUUCCCAACCUGGUGGGUUUAUCCCACCCGCCAGCCCUGGUGUGCCUGAAGCUCAUCGAAGUGACACUUGUCGCGUACCGGCUGCAGAUGAGGGGACAGAAACGAAAUUCCUCUCUGUCAAGACUGAAGCAUUCACAAUCCAGAUUUUUCCGUGCUGUCGUGGAGUACCUAGCCUCUUUCUACGCAAUCCGCCAAAGUAGGCGACAACAGGCGUUGGUGCUGCAGAUCGUACGCGAGAGCCGAGACAUGUGGCCGCUCAUAGAGGACGCGUGGUGCGGCACUGUGGCAGGUCUCUGCACUUUGAUACGUGAUGUUGAGGACCUUCAAGAUGCUUUUGUCAAGUCACUGAUGAUCCCAGAGUUUCUUACAUUCCUCGCUGAGUCUGACGGAGAUGCAGAUCUGCACAGUUACCCGGAGGGCAUCCAGAGGCUAAUGGAAUCGCUUCUCUCCCUUGUGGAAAGUGCUGCCGAGGGGUCGGACAUCUUGUGUGAGAUGUUACUGCACCACCACGGUCGGAAGGUGGCCAGUAAGUUUGGUCUUCAGAAACUGGCACGAUGUCUUCAAAGCAAGGUCUCCGCAGGAUCCAAGCCUACAUAACCCUGGCCUUGACCUACAUAGGAAUCACACUAGGCUGACUAAAACCCCCCUGAACUAUGAUACAAUGGAACUGACUCAUACGGAUGAGACUACGUCAUAAGCAGCACUUCCAGUCUUUGGUAUUUUUACGACAAUCCGUGUUAAUGAAGAAAUUGGAUGAAACAAGACCAAACUCUAGGUGGAAAAAUAGGUACUACGAGUUAUUGGCAAUCUCUUCAAACAGGCUCCCCAAUGCUGUUUUGAAACUUUUGAUUAAAAGCUCAUGUUUGUUAGUUCUUUGACUCCUGGCAUAUGAUUUUCCUAACUCUUCUGCUUUUGUCUCUUAGAUGCACUGAUAAAUAUCAGCUAUAAAUAACCUGUACAUACUUAAUUGCCGUAUGGGCUUGACCUAUAUGUAUACAAAUAAUGUGUAUAACACAUUUCACUGACAUUGACCUACACAAAUUUCUUGCUUGAGUGAUACAUGUAUACAUCUUGUUUUGAAAUCAGCGGACCAAAGCUAUAUUUGCAGCUAAAAUCCAUUAAACAAUGGAAAUAGGGUAAUGUAAGGGAACAAUUUUUAUGUUAAAGGAAGAAGACAGAUGUGAGGGAAGUGAGUGAGAUUGUGUGUAUGCCUAUUUGUGUGUGUGUGUGUGUGUGUGUGUGUGUGUGUGUGUGUGUGUGUAUGCGUGAAUGUG